CCCCUGGAGAAUAAUGGGCUGAAAUGUGGAGAGGCUCAGCACAAGGAACGCACACAGAGUAGCGCGGCUUUUCCACAGACACACAGGAACCAGCGGUGUCUCCCCAGUCGUGCCACUGUGCACACAGAAUGAAUAUUUUCUUCAAUGUGAGGGGGACAGUUGUGAGGCAAAUAGCAGAGGACAGAGCAGCUGUUACAGAGCCAGUGAUGAACCCUCCACGCCGAUCAUCGAGUUCCCUCGGUGACAGGCCAUCCACUGAGACCGUGCAGAAAAACAACAGCAGCAACUCUGGUGUUAUUCUGGACAUCUCAGCUCUCAAGAUGGCCGAUGUGGAUUCAGGGGUGCCUCCGCUCCCACCUCGUUACCGAUUCAGGGACUUGCUGCUGGGGGACCAGACAUUUCAGAAUGAUGACAGGUAUCAGGAGGAGUACAGUAUGGACUCAACCAAUGCCCAGGUUCAGGUAGAGUUCUAUGUGAACGAAAACACCUUCAAGGAGAGGCUAAAGCUUUUCUUCAUCAAAAACCAAAGGUCAAGCCUGAGGAUCCGCUUGUUCAACUUCUCACUGAAGAUUCUCACCUGUGCCCUCUACAUAUUAAGAGUCAGCUUGGAAGAUCUGAAGGAGAAAAAUGGGAGCCCAUGUGCAAUGAAUCGAAGCAAUGGUUGGAAUGAUACAUCAGAGCCACCACAAAUCAAAUGGGAACGCAUUUUCUGGGUGAACAGACGAGAGUCUGUGUGGGCAAUACAGGUGACAGUGGCCUUAAUCAGUUUUUUGGAGACUAUGCUUAUCACAUAUCUCAGCUACAAGGGAAACAUUUGGGAGCAGAUCUUCCAGAUUUCCUUCAUACUGGAAAUGAUCAACACAGUGCCAUUUAUAAUCACAAUUUUCUGGCAUCGAUUAAGAGACAUAUUCGUCCCUGUGUUUCUUAACUGCUGGCUAGCCAAAGGUGCUCUGGAGAAUAUGAUUAAUGAUUUCCAUCGUGCCAUCCAAAGGACCCACUCUGCCAUGUUUAAUCAGGUGUUCAUCCUCAUCUGCACCUUACUGUGUCUGGUUUUCACCGGGGCUUGCGGGAUCCAGCAUCUAGAGAGAGCUGGGAAGAACUUGACCUUAUUUGACUCGUUCUAUUUCUGCAUCGUUACUUUCUCCACCGUGGGCUACGGGGACGUCACGCCACAAAUCUGGCCCUCCCAGCUGCUGGUGGUCAUUCUCAUCUGUGUUGCCCUGGUGGUCCUGCCACUACAGUUUGAAGAACUAGCAUACCUGUGGAUGGAGAGCCAGAAGUUGGGGGGGAACUAUAGUCGACAUCGGGCGCAGACAGAGAAGCACGUGGUGCUGUGUGUCAGCUCGCUGAAGAUAGACCUGCUGAUGGAUUUCCUCAACGAGUUCUACGCUCAUCCCAGAUUACAGGACUAUUAUGUGGUGAUUUUGUGCCCGACAGAGAUAGACAUUCAAGUUCGUCGAAUUCUCCAGAUCCCCCUGUGGUCCCAGAGGGUUAUCUACUUGCAAGGAUCUGCUCUCAAAGACCAGGACCUGAUGAGGGCCAAGAUGGACGAUGCUGAGGCCUGCUUCAUCCUGAGCAGCAGGAACGAAGUCGACCGAACGGCAGCUGAUCACCAGACUAUUUUGAGGGCAUGGGCUGCAAAAGACUUUGCUCCAAACUGCCCUCUCUACGUACAGAUUCUCAAACCAGAAAAUAAAUUUCAUGUUAAGUUUGCUGAUCAUGUAGUUUGUGAAGAGGAGUUCAAGUACGCUAUGUUGGCACUCAACUGUGUGUGUCCAGCCACGUCCACUUUAAUUACCCUGUUGGUUCACACCUCCAGAGGACAGGAGGGGCAGUUAUCACCGGAGCAGUGGCAGAGGACAUAUGGACGCUGUUCUGGAAACGAGGUCUACCACAUCCGCUUGUGUGACAGCAAGUUUUUUGGGGAGUACGACGGAAAGAGUUUCACCUAUGCUUCCUUCCACGCCCACAAGAAGUAUGGCGUGUGUUUGAUUGGAGUUAAAAGAGAGGACAACAAAAGCAUCCUCCUGAACCCCGGACCUCGCCACAUCAUGGCUGCCACCGAUACCUGCUACUACAUCAACAUCACCAAGGAAGAGAACUCUGCUUUCAUCUUCAAGCAAGAGGAGAAGCACAAGGGCCUGCCUGUCUCCGGGCUCUAUGACGCCCCCUCAAGGCUACCUGUGCACAGCAUCAUCGCCAGCAUGGUUGAUCAGGCCACUUCAUUUGGCACCGUAGCCAUUGACCUGCAGCAUCCCGAUCCUCCUGAGGAAACCGGCAAACUUGCCCUCCCAACAGAGAACGGAGCUGGAAGCCGCCGACCGAGCAUCGCCCCCGUUCUGGAAAUCGCUGACUCCUCCUCCAUCCUGCCCUGCGACCUCCUCAGUGACCAGUCAGAGGAUGAGACCAACCAAUCAGAUGAGGAAGGCUCUGUAGGUUCAGACUUUGUGAAGGGCUAUCCCCCCAACUCACCCUACAUCGGCAGCUCUCCAACCCUGUGCCACCUCCUACCACAGAAAGCUCCGUUCUGCUGCCUUCGCCUCGACAAGGGCUGCACACAUAACAGCUUCGAGGAUGCCAAGGCAUACGGCUUCAAGAAUAAGCUGAUUAUAGUGUCUGCAGAGACGGCCGGAAAUGGUCUCUACAACUUCAUCGUCCCUCUGCGGGCUUAUUAUCGGCCCAGAAAAGAACUCAACCCCAUAGUGCUGCUACUGGACUACCCGCCAGACAACCAUUUCUUAGAGGCCAUUUGCUGCUUUCCAAUGGUUUACUUCAUGGCCGGCACAAUUGAUAACUUGGACAACCUGCUGCAGUGUGGUAUCAUCUAUGCUGACAACUUGGUCGUUGUGGACAAGGAGAGCACUAUGAGUGCUGAGGAAGACUACAUGGCAGAUGCCAAGACCAUCGUCAAUGUCCAGACAAUGUUCAGGUUGUUCCCCAGUCUCAGCAUCAUCACUGAGCUCACGCAUCCAUCCAACAUGAGGUUCAUGCAGUUCAGAGCCAAGGACUGCUACUCACUCGCACUCUCCAAACUGGAAAAGAACUGCUGUAAUUCUUCGUGGCAUAGAUUCACACAGCUGCUACAGAUUUGGCUGCACAUCCAUGAUGACAAUUUCCUGUUCUACCACAUCCCAAAGAUAGAGCGUGAUAAGGGCUCCAACCUGGCUUUCAUGUUCCGGCUGCCGUUUGCUGCAGGCAGAGUGUUCAGUAUCAGCAUGCUGGAUACACUACUUUACCAGUCAUUUGUCAAGGACUACAUGAUUGCCAUCAUCAGGCUUCUCCUUGGUCUGGACACCACGCCUGGUUCUGGGUACCUAUGUGCUAUGAAGAUCACAGAGGAGGACCUGUGGAUCAGGACCUACGGCAGACUCUUCCAGAAACUUUGCUCCUCCAGCGCUGAGAUUCCCAUCGGGAUCUACCGGACCGAGUCGCAUAUGUUCUCGACCUCAGAGUGCAGGGACAGUAAUGCACAGUCUCAGGUGUCCAUCAACGUGGAGCAGGGUGAGGAGCACCGUGAUCGUGGAGGAUCCUGGAAGGAGAAGACGGGCUACAGAAACUCCACCACGAGUGACCAAUCGGAGCACCCGCUGCUAAGGAAGAAGAGCAUGCAGUGGGCUCGGCGGCUGAGCAGGAAGAACGUCAAACCGUCGACCAGAGCGGAGCGCAUCUCACAGCAGAGACUGAAUCUGUAUCGGCGCUCCGAGCGACAGGAGCUGUCCGAGCUGGUCAAGAAUCGCAUGAAGCACCUGGGCCUCCCCACUGUGGGAUACGAGGAUGUUUCUAAUCUCACUGCGAGCGAUGUCAUGAAUCGAGUAAAUCUAGGAUAUUUGCAAGAGUUGCAGGACAUUUCAGAGCACCCGUAUUCAGAGGGGACCAGGCUGUCAGGUUAGCUGGUUGAUCACAGUACUGCAACUUUACUGCAUGAGUGUGAGUGUGCGUGUGUUUUUUAUGUGAGUGUGUCCCCUGCCAGAGUCAGCAGUAGGUCAGCAGCAAGUCUCUCACUCUACUCUCUCCCUCUCUUUUUCGAUCUCUAUCUGGUCUUUCUGCAUUGUGUUCCUGUGAGGUGACGUCCCAAAUGGCUAGAGUACUGCAGGGCAUCAGAGUAUGGCUUAAAGAGUGGAGCGGAGUGCAUUAUGUCUGUGGAUGGAAGGAUAGAUUGUAUUCUAUAAAUGUAUAAAAGACGACGAGUGUCGGAGGUGGUCUGAUGUAGAAAGUAAACAUGUUGGAGGAAGCGGGGCUCUUUUCCUCCUCCAUGUCUGUUACUUUCACAUGUCAGUGCACCUCAGAGUGUAUUAACUUUAUGCCAUGGCCACUUCCCCAAAGAAGUCAAGUUUGAGCUGAUUGUAGUCAGUUUGAGCUCUUUUACCCCUCAGCGUUUUUGCUCUGGUAAUAUAUCUUGUGGUUCUGUACUCCUGCACACUGGAGUGCUCUCAAUUUUAUUUAAAGAGCAACUUAACAUUCACCGAAAAUAUUGUUUUUUUUAGCGACUUCCAGUGGUUUAACUUCUCGCUUUAGUGUAGUUAUGCAAAAUGUGCACGCCAAGAGCACUGUGUGGAAAGAAUAAAUAGAGAGGGAGGAAAUAAAAAUCAGAAUAUAAAGGCGGGUGAUACUGAAAGACUGUAACACUCUGCUGGCAGGGUGGAACAAAAUUAUUCCAAAGAUAUUUUCCUUCACGGCCAUAACACACCAGUCUAAAGUCUUACAGCGGUGUUCGAUUGGGUUGAGUUCUGGUGACUGUAAGGAUGAUAACAUAUGUUUCACACACAGACUCGCUAUAAUGUGGACAUUAUGCUAGUGGCUCUUAAAAGCAAAGCCAGCAAGGAUGUGUCAUCUCAGUAUUAGCAGGGGGCAACUCCUCUGGCUCCAGAAAGAAAUCUGAUUGUAGAAGUCUGUAGGAAAUGACCCAAGUGCUCUCUGGUGACUUCAGAAAAUGCUUUUCUAAUGAGUUUACUGUCGUAAUCGAUGGUUCCAAGUCUUAUUUAACUCAGCACAUGUAAAUUAUGGCCCCCAUUAGAGCCUGAAAGGGCAAUAAAACCAGGGUAUGCUUUCAGACAGGCCUGCCUCAUGAUUGGAAAAUCUCUUUUGAAUGUGGAGCGUCCUUUAGUUUCUCAUUUCAUUUUAAAUACACAGUCUAUGGAUUCACAACAUUUUCAUACUUAUAAAAGUGCUUUGUGGUCAUCUUGUUUGAGGCCAGCUUUUGAACCAUAAAGAUAAAGGUGCUCCCUCAGAACAAAUGAUGACGCACGGCAUAAAAGAGGAUCGAACAGGAUUCGGUUCUUUUCCUGUAAUUUGUUUCACACGUUUGAGCUAAAAAUCGAAGGUUUCUAAAUUAGAACAAGACCAAUCUGUAGUUAUUUUAGUACCACAAUAACUAAAUGACUACAUGCUAAAUUGCUACAUUGAAAACUAGGAUUUUGAUUAAUGGGAAAAAACACGGACCCUAAUAAAUGGGAAUAAUAGGAACGCAAGCAAAAAGAGACCAACUUAAACGCUGACCAGUCCAGAAUCAUGUUUCCAGAGUUGGAUAAUUACCAGUGUC